AUGUUUGGCGUAUUCAUCCCAGCUCGACCGGUGGUUGGAGAGAUGAGCACAAUCUCUCCAACGCAGUUCGCCAUUUCCUUUCCAGCCUCACCACCGUUCCACAAUGUCGGCGUCUUCAUGCACCCGAAUCAAGUGCUGCCGCCGGGUUCGGCAGCCGGAGUCUACAUGCAACUGCCCGGCGAGCAAGGCUUCAAGUUCCUCGGCGCCAUCGCCAACGAGAAACCAUCCGCAUUGUUCAAGGUGACUAUUCCGGACUCUCUUGCCGCCGGGGAGAUCAAUCUCGGCAUCUCCGUCGAGCCCGUCCAGAACAUUCAAGCUCAAAUGGCUCAGCUGCAAGAAUCCUCUGGCUCCACGGCCCUCGCGAAGAGACCACCGGACACAAAGGUGCUGGCCCAGCGGAUCAUCAAGAACGCAUUUAAUUUUCUGGCCAGCUUUGCUGGAAACACGGCCAACGGCAUCGAAGUUGUCCCACUGAAGAGUUUCCAGGACUGGUGGGCCAAGUUCGAGAGAAAGAUACAAAACGACCCUGGGUUCCUAGAACGAGACGAGGUUUAA